AUGUAUAUUAAGGAGUGGCCAGCACAGAGGGUCUACAAAUCCUUGGCUGCUGGUUGCAUUAGGAAUACUGAGAAGAGAAGAGAGAGAUCAAGAAAUGCAGCUCGUUGUAGAAGGGGCAAGGAGACAGAGGUCUUUGUUGAUCUUUCUCGCUGCCUCCCCCUUCCUGAGAAGACAACUGCAGCCCUAGAUAAGGCUUCAAUCAUGAGACUUGCACUCACCCACUUGAAAAUCCGAGCAUUUCUUGACUCUGUGCCCACCUGUUCAAGAGAUCAAAAAAAGGAAGGUGCUCUGAUUGAAGGAUGCAGUUUUUUGAAAGCCCUACAUGGUUUCCUUUUGGUACUGUCUGGAAACGGCGAGAUUGUUUUCAUAUCUGAAAAUGUCACAGGAUUUCUUGGUCUGCAGCAGUUGGAGCUUUUGGGCCAGAGCAUUUAUGAUUAUGUGCAUCCUUGUGACCAAGAGGAGUUGAAGGAGAAUCUCCAUGGAAAACACCAUGGAGUUCAAGUAGAGUUCUUCCUCCGCCUGAAGUAUACUGGCAGUUGCAAAGGACGGAUUGUUCAUGUCAAGUCUGCAUCAUUUAUGGUGAUGCAUUGCCAUGGAGAGAAGAUUGCAGACACAAAGCAGUCAUUCAUGGUUGUGGCAUGCCAACCUAUUGCUGAAACUCAUGAUCCAGAAGUUGAGACUUCUGGAUUUGAUUUUCUCACCAGGCAUUCCCCUGACAUGGCAUUCACAUAUGUAGAUUCAAGUGGGGAUGGACAGGUGUUGGCUGAAGGCCCCAUGCUGUCUGCAUCCGAAAUAGAUGUCCUGCAUUACGAGCAGUCAAGUCUCCUAGGUCAGUCCUUCUACAACUACAUCCACCUCUUUGAUGUCAAGCUUUUAGAGAAGAAUUUCAGAACAUACGACUAA